AUGUGCGUUCACAUUCAAUCGGAUCAAUCGAUAACUUUUGCCGGAACUACCGAUCCAGCUGGAUUUGCUGUUUUGAAAUCGAUUGGUGGAGUUGGCGGAAAAAAGAACAACGAACAUGCCGCUGAACUUUUUCCGAUUAUUGAAAAACAUUUGGGAAUUGCUGGAAAUCGGUAAGAGAUUUAAUUUAAGCUUGAAAAGAUUUUUAUGAACACAAAACACGAGAAAAAUAUCUUUCAAUGACUUCAAAAAUAGAAAAAUAUGAUUACUUGACAUUUAUUGAAAUGAUAUGAUUUUUAGAUGUAUUUUUGUAUCUGACUCAUCCCAUUGAAUACAUUUUCAUGAAAAUCAUUUUUUUUUCCAGUCUCUACAUCGAAUUCAUCAAUUUGGGUGCCAACGACAUCGCAUUCAGCGGUUCAACUUUUGCCUAA